CUGUUUGUUUCUCAUCCACAGUCAAAAGUAAUACAUCGAUUUUUAUGAAAUUUUGCACAAAUCAUAAACAUACAUCAAAAAGCUCUCAGUAAACUUUUGGCCAAUUUUUAUUGACUCAGUACAGAGUUACUGCCGUACUUCUGUGUCCCGAUUAUUGCGGAUACUGGCUUUAGCUCUUAUCGUUUUCUUGCAAUUUCGAUUUAAAGUGCGCGAAAAAGUGCUAACCAUGACAGAUGCAAAUUUAUUAUCUGAAAUUGCGAUGCUUAAAUCGAAAUGGCAAGAAAACGAUAAGAGAUAGAAGUUUGAUGACAAAGAACUAAUUGUAGAGUGGAACAGAGGUCACAACUUUGCCUAAGAAAGAAUUUUAAAUUAUUACGAAUUUUUCAAAGAUAAUUGACGAAAACAAAUUAAAACACAUUACUUUUGAGCUAUUUGCUCUUUUAACUAAACCAAUCGAUCCAAACAUGCCAUUUGUCCAAAAUCUUUCGAAUAAGGGUAAAAAAAAACUGUGAUAACUUUGACCAUUUUCAAGUUAUAGGCAAUUAAGGCAAUAAGAGUCAAAAACAUGGGAAGUUCAAUAACUACGUAACGGAUGAGAUUUGAGCAUAUGCGUAGAACAAUUUUUUUUCAUCAUUUAUGGUCCUUUUAAAAAGUUUGCACUCAGGAAUCUAACACCCUGUAUAAGCGCUUCACAAAUUAUUAAAACAUAGGUACUUUUUGAACGUUGUAAAAAAUUAUCAUAGGGUAUGUGUGCCAUCAGUAAUCUCAUGUUCCCAUAUUCAUCCUAUUCGAAAACAAGCGAUUACGGCACCGAUUGAUUCCGUUCUUUUUGUUUUCAUGGGUGCGCACUCCUAACAAAAAAUACAAAAAUAAGAAACAAAAUAAACAGCACUUCAAUCCUUUGUUUUUCGUGGGAUGAAAAUGGGAGCCACAUGCUUAAUAAGGGAACGAAUACCCUAGAUUGACACUUUUUGGAUUUUUCUCGAAAAAAUGUAAAUUUUUUUACAUCAAUGUCAAUAAAUUUUAAUGUUGAUUUCCAAAGAUUUUCCACUUCUGUUCUCAAGUUAUCUCUAAUCAGAUAUGUUUGAGCCUACUUAUAUUAGAAGUAGAACACAUUUAGUAAUUUUUGUGUGGUAUUGUAAAUUUGACUUAUUUUCCUCUAUAUGGAUACACAUUUAUGCUCAAUAUAACUUAAUUCGACAUGAGAAAAUAUUACAUUUUAUAACGUUGUAUUAAGUAUCAUUAUAUUGUUGAUAAACGUUAAAAAAUUUCAUUUAAUUCGGUUCACAGGUUUCCGAGAUAUGACAGCUCAAAAAAUAGUUGUCUGAAUAAUAGUGUUUCACCCGAACGGUUCUAACUUCGCGAAAAAUCAAUCAAUUUUUACCAACAAUGCACAUAUAACAGGUUGACAAACAGUCAAAAUUUGAGAUUUUUUGAUGCACUCUCUGAAAAGUUACUUGGAAAUUUGGCGAAGUAGUCCCAACAAGGUAAUAAACUUUAUAAAACGAGUUGUGCUUAGUUGGGAUCAGGUGUUACAUCAACCAUUGUCCAUCACAGCUCAAUGGACUACCCGCUUUGCGCGUAGCCACAGUUGAUCAGCAGGAGUAAAUCAAUUUAAUUUUGUAUGGCGAAAUGCAUCUAAACUUAAAUUACUUGAAAUACAAAGCUUUUCCCGAAAAAAUAUUUGGUAGGCUUAAUAGUGGGGCUGCAAAACGGUGAGUCGAUAAGGAGAGCGUCCAAUAUAGCUCUGGUCCUCACAAGUUCCUACCUCAUGCUUCCACGGGUCAAGCGAUGACAAAGACCGCCAACUAAGAGUUGUGUGCUUAGCUGGUAGUGCAGCCUGGGCACUGUUGUCCUUCUGACUUCAGCUAGAUUGAGGAGGUACGAUCCGAGUGUCUGUUCACCAAGGAGGUGCGGCUCAAACAGCGUCUGUUGUGGCAUCCAGCGGCUGAGUAAGAAACGCUGCACCACGCCCAGCUAGAUCCAAGGUGGUAGCCCCAUCAGCGUGGUCGUCCCAGUGUUGGUUGGGACGUUAAACAGAACUGGCACGAUGGCCCUCCGGCGAGACAGGAGUGUUGGCGUAGGCCCAAUUAGCUACCCGUAAAAACCCCCAUUGCGAAUAACAUAGGAGAAAAUACGACUCGAUACAAUCGGCAAAGACCCACGCGACGAAAUAUGGACUACGAUUGGAAACUUGGAACAUGGAAUUGCAAGUCACUAGGUUUCGCAGGAUGUGACAGGAUAAUCUACGACGAACUACAUCCCCGCAACUUCGACAUCGUGGCGUUGCAGGAACUUUGUUGGACUGGACAGAAAGUGUGGAAAAGCAGGCAUCGAGCGGCUACCUUCUACCAAAGCUGUGGCACCACCAAUGAACUGGGGACAGGAUUUAUAGUGUUGGGCAAGAUGCGACAACGUGUGAUCGGGUGGCAGCCGAUCAAUGCAAGGAUGUGCAUGUUGAGAGUUAAGGGCCGUUUCUUCAACUACAGCAUCAUCAACGUCCACUGCCCACACGAAGGGAGACCUGAUGACGAUGCGUAAACUUUGCAGCCUCCCGUGGUAUGGUAGUCCGAAGCACCUUCUUCCCCCGCAAAGAUAUCCACAAAGCCACCUGGAGAUCACCCGACCAUCAAACAGAAAACCAAAUCGACCACGUUCUAAUCGACGGUAAAUUCUUCUCAGAUAUAACCAACGUCCGCACAUACCGCAGUGCGAAUAUAGAUUCGGAUCACUACUUAAUCGCUGUAUGCAUGCGCUCAAAACUUUCGACAGUUAUUACCACGCGUCGAAGUCGAACGCCGCGGCUCAACAUCGAGCAACUUCGUAACGUAGAAGUGGCUCAAGACUACGCGCAGCAGUUAGCAGUGGCCCUACCAACGGAAGAGCAGCUUGGCGCAGCUACACUUGAAGAUGGCUGGAGGGACAUCCGAUCCGCCAUAGGUAGUACCUUGGCUACAGCACUAGGCUUCGCUACUCCGAAUCACAGAAACGACUGGUACGACGGCGAAUGUGAACAGUUGAAAAACGAGAAGAAUGCAGCAUGGGCGAGAAUGCUGCAACACCGUACGAGAGCGAAUGAGGCACGUUACAAACAGGCGUGGAACAGGCAGAACUCAGUCUUCCGGAUGAAGAAGCGCCAGCAGGAAGAACGAGAUCGCGAAGCGAUGGAAGAGCUGUACCGCGCUAAGGACUCACGAAAGUUCUACGAGAAGCUGAACCGCUCGCGCAGAGGCUUUGUGCCACAAGCCGACAUGUGCCGAGAUAAUCACGAGAAUAUUCUCACGAGCGAGCGUGAGGUGGUCGAGAGGUGGCGGCAGCAUUACGAUGAGCACCUCAAUGGCGACGUUGCAAGUAUCGAAGGUGGCGUGAUCUAGGAGUAUGUGCACAGGACGAAAGACUUCCGGCCCCUGACCUUCAAGAGAUUGAGGAGGAGGUUGGCCGGUUGAAAAACAACAAAGCCGCUGGAGCAGAUCAACUACCAAGCGAGCUUCUAAAAUACGGUGGAGAAGCACUGGUGAGAGCACUACACUGGGUCAUUACCAAGGUUUGGGAGGAGGAAGUAUUACCGGAGGAAUGGAUGGAAGGUAUCGUGUGUCCCAUCUACAAAAAGGGCGACAAGUUGGAUUGCGGGAACUACCGCGCGAUCACACUACUGAGCGCUGCCUACAAGAUACUCUCUCAAAUUUUAUGCCGCCGUCUAUCACCGAUUGCAAGAGAGUUCGUGGGGCAAUAUCAGGCUGGAUUUAUGGGUGAACGCGCUACAACGGACCAGAUGUUCGCCAUCCGCCAGGUGUUGCAGAAGUGCCGCGAAUACAACGUGCCCACACAUCACUUGUUCAUCGAUUUCAAAUCGGCGUAUGAUACAAUCGAUAGAGAACAGCUAUGGCAGAUUAUGCACGAAUACGGAUUC